UUUGCCCCCACACCACAGCCAUCUGUGAUCUGUCUUAUAUAUACAAACUUCACCGCAUUAUCACGUUGUCAACUGCAUUACCAAGAUAUGGAAGCGGAAUUCAACAGCUCCUUAGAGUAUACACCCACAUGGAUAGUAGCCAUUGUCUGCUCCGUCAUUGUUUUAAUAUCUUUAUGUGCUGAGCGUGGCCUUCAUCGACUUGGAAAGUUACUGGAGCGUAAUGGUCAAGAUAAACUAUAUGAAGCGUUAACAAAAUUAAAGGAAGAACUGAUGCUUUUAGGGUUCAUUUCCCUUCUAUUAACGGUCUUUCAAGGUUUCAUAAGUCGCAUAUGCAUACCAACUCAUCUUUCAUCUACCAUGCUUCCAUGCAAGAGGGGCGCUGUUUCCUCCAAUGGUUCUGAACAUUACUCUAAUCUAGCUACUAACAAUCGGCGACAGCUUUUGUCUGAAGAUACUAAUUCAGGGCACUGCCAUGAGGGGAAGGUUCCAUUGUUAUCAUUGGAAGCAUUGCAUCAACUACACAUUUUCAUCUUUGUAUUGGCAGUUGUUCAUGUGAUCUUCUGUGUCUCUACAAUGUUCCUUGGAGGAGUUAGGAUACGCCAAUGGAAGGUCUGGGAGGAUUCAAUUAGGCAAGAAAUUUCAGAAAGGGAUCCAACAAAGAUCACUCUUGCUCAUGAGCACAAUGAGUUCUUGAAACAACGCGCACAAGGAUAUUGGAGAAAGGCAGCAGUCGUAAGUUGGAUGAUAUCAUUCUUCAAACAGUUUCGUGGUUCUGUUACCAAGUCAGACUACGCUGCACUGCGACUAGGAUUCAUCAAGGAGCACUGCCCACAAAAUACUACAUUUGAUUUUCACAAAUACAUGGUGCGGACACUUGAAGUUGAUUUCAAAAAAGUUGUUGGCAUAAGCUGGUACCUAUGGCUGUUUGUUGUGGUUUUCUUGCUACUGAAUGUGGCAGGGUGGCACUCGUAUUUUUGGUUGUCCUUUUUGCCAGUGAUUCUGCUACUUUUUGUGGGUGCUAAGUUAGAACACAUAAUCACCCGUUUGGCUCAUGAAGCACAAGCACAACAGGAACAGGUAACAGAGAUGACCAUAGACAAUCAUGAAGUGCAUAAUGUUGUGGAGAAGAACGCAAAAGACCUUGCAGGAACUAGAGUGAAGCCUUCAGAUAAACACUUUUGGUUUAGUAGGCCUGCCCUUGUUCUCGACUUAAUUCACUUCAUUUUGUUUCAGAAUUCAUUUGAGAUUGCAUUCUUCUUCUGGAUCUUGUGCACAUAUGGAUUCAAUUCAUGCAUCAUGGAGAAACCAGGAUUCAUUAUCACAAGACUUGUUAUGGGUGUGGUUGUUCAAGUGCUAUGCAGUUAUUGCACCAUGCCUUUGUAUGCUCUUGUGACCCAGAUGGGUAGCGCAUUCAAAAGGGGCAUGUUUGAAGAGCAUGUUGCAUCAACAAUAGCACAAUGGGCAGAGAUGAGUCAUUGGGGAAAAAAGAAGCACGGAGUCGGAACAACAGGGGACCAAACUGUAGAAAGUCAAAUACAGAUGCAAAAAAUGGCUAAAGAAUCACCCCAAAAUGGUCAAAUUUCAGAACAAGCAAUUGUUGUGAUUGAAGAAACUAGCACAUCAAUAACAGAGCUUCCUUCGUUAGGACAACUGCCUUCUACAUCAUUUUAACUUUCUUCAAAGGUAUCAAGGACAUUAGAUUGUUUCUUCUCUUCCAUGAAAAAGGAUGUAGCUUUUCAACAAUAAAAGAAAUCAAGUUUGCUCUGAUACCAUUUACCAU